UAUACGGCCAAUGGGGACGGGUUGAAACCCGUGAGCUCCUGCCAUUUCUCUGCUCGCCUGGUUUUGAUUAAAGCUUUAACCGUCCCUCUCUCUGCAGCAGAUCUGCUGUUCUCUAGGAAAUAAGAACUCUUGAGGGUAUCUAUCUGACGUAGUCGCUAAUCGCUACGAUUCUUUUUCUUUUAGGAAAAACUGUAUCUGUGUGGAUGCCUCGAUGAGAGUUGCCGUGUUGUUCUAGUGGAAGAUUGGGGAUUCUUUUUUGGUUUGUCAUCUGUUUCUAAGCAAUUUUUUGGGGGAAGAUUGAGGGUUGGGUCGGCUUACUGGCAAUUAGGGUUACAAUUUGUUUGUAAGGAAGAGGAUGACUUCUGGGACGAGGCUUCCUACAUGGAAGGAGAGAGAGAACAACAAGAGGAGGGAACGGCGGCGGCGUGCGAUCGCUGCAAAGAUCUAUGCGGGCCUGCGGAUGUAUGGAAACUACAAGCUUCCUAAGCACUGCGACAACAACGAGGUUCUCAAAGCUCUCUGUAAUGAGGCUGGAUGGACAGUCGAACCUGACGGCACCACUUAUCGAAAGGGAUGCAAACCGCCUGAGCGCAUGGAAAUAGUUGGAUGCUCAGCCCCAGCCAGUCCAUGCUCUUCAUACCAGCCAAGCCCCUACGCUUCCUCCUCCUUCCCAAGCCCAGCCUCCUCAUCUUAUUUCACCAGUGCCAACAACGCCACCACAGAUGCCAACUCCCUCAUCCCAUGGUUAAAAAACCUUUCCUCAACCUCCUCCUCCUCCGCCUCCUCGUCGAAACCCCCUAGCCUCCACAACCUCUCCAUCCACCAUGGCUCCAUCAGCGCCCCCGUCACCCCUCCCAUCAGCUCGCCCACCGCCCAAUCUCCCCGCAUCAAAACUGAUUGGGAUAAUCCAAUGCAGCCUUCAUGGCCAGUUGCUGCAUCACACUAUGCCUCCUUCCUGCAGAGCUCAACACCGCCCAGCCCUGGCCAGGCUUGGCUGUCAGGGAUUCAUAUCCCCACCAGCAGCCCGACGUCGCCCACUUUCAGCCUUAUCAUGCCCAACCCAUUUGGGCUUUAUCAGGAGGGCGUCGCGAGCGCCGGGUCAUCCAGGAUGUGGACUCCCGGCCAGAGCGGGAUGUGCUCCCCAGUCAUGCCGCCUUCUGAUGUGCAAAUGUCGGAUGAUGCUUCUGAUGAGUUUGCAUUUGGGAGUUGCAGCAAUGAGAACGGCCAGGCGCAGCAGCUGGGAGUGGUGAAGCCUUGGGAAGGAGAGAGGAUUCAUGAGGAUUGUGGAUCUGAUGAUUUGGAGCUCACUCUUGGGAGCUCGAGAACUAGAGCUGAUCCUUGAUGGACUUGAACUAGUUAUUUAUGGUAACAAUGGUGUAUUCGGAUAAUAUUAUAUCAGUGGUUUAAUUUGCUGUUGUUCGUAAUCUUUAAAUUAAUUAUGAAAUAUAUUUGCAGUCCACGUCGAUGUAAUGUAAAUGGCUUUAAAAUCAACUGCUAAGUUAUCUUAAUUUAAAUGAUUUUUUUCUUAAA